CUCUCAGUAUGGUAUAACAGAAUGAUGGGGAUGACACGCACUGGGUAUGGUACUCUACAGCGUAUCGGUAGAGCCCUGGGUAUGAUGACGAGGUUGGGAGAGGUGUACAGUACCAUGUAUCGUUGCACAUGGUUCCUGAGUUACUACCUACUACUCCACCCUGCUCUGCUUUGUGCAAUUCUUCUGCUGGUCACAAGGUCCGGCUCAAAGGAAUGUUCCGCUUUUGGCUCUCUCUUCCGAGAGGAUUACAAGGUAUGCCAAGAGGGAGCUUCUCUUUGUCAAGAUUGAUGGGGGUUUCAAUCCAUCAGAGGGAGUACCGGUAGGAGCAUGGGAAGAAUCAGCAUAGUCGAAGGGGCCAAGGCAUGAUGUGGGGGUGCAGAAAGAUCGCUUCAUGGUCUGGUACACUGACGGGGCGAAAUGGGAUCAGAAGGAGUAGAAGCAUGGGAAGAAUCAGCAGAGUCGAUGGGGCCAAGGCAUGAUUUGGGGUGCAGAAAGAUUGUUCAUGUGAGCAGAAAGGAUUUUUCCUCGUUUCGCGCAGGACGACAAACAUGUUGAGACAAAUCUUGACGACUAGCUAGACCUACAGCAUCCGGAUUCCGGAUACAGCUGUACAGUACUAGCUAGUACAUGUAGCUUGUCUCACAGUUUUCGCGGACUUGCUUUCUUUUUGUACCGGUGGCUAAGCUUCGGAUGGGAACCCGCACUGCGUUCGUGUGUUGGUUUCCUCCUUCUGCUUCAUCAGCGUCUGACGUCAACUUUAAACUUCGUAUCCUAGCUAGUGCUGCCGAAGACUUGCCAGUGACUCAGCUACUAGUACGCAGCUAGAUAGCAAAAUAGAUGGUUUUUAAGGCCCAUAGACCAAACAACAAAGCCCCAAAAGCACAUAGUUUCAAAACCCAAAUAUCCCCUGUCGCUACAGAUCUGAUAAAACAAACAACAACAUGAGCGGUUUGGAUUUGCUCGAGAAGUUCCUGUUGUCUGCAGCAGGAGAACGGGAGCUUCAGGCACUUCCGGACUACACUUCCCCACCCUUACCUAUUGCGUUAGAGGCCACUCCUGAACCAUAUCGCGAUGAUGCUGUCAUAGAUGAGGCCAGAGCCAUUGCUGCAGCAGGAAACUGCACUGUUGAUGGUAAUCGUUGUCAGAUCCCCUUUACCGUCUCCCCAACUCUCUUCCCUGAACCCAGCAAGGUUGGAAUGAUCUUUUACAAUGGUGGGCUGGUUGAUCCCCGUGGUUAUGCUCCAAUUGCCGACAUUGUUGCAGACCGCUAUGGAAUUCCUACCGUGAUGCCCAUUUUUGAAGGCGAUCGAGCCUUUUCGUUUGGACUUUGUGAUUCUGGACGUUUGGACUUGGCUAAAGCUGAAUUUCCGGAUGUGGAAAAGUGGGUGUUAGCAGGACAUUCCUUUGGAGGAAUUGCUGCCAUGAGUGACAUGUGGCAGCGAAUGGAAGCUGGUGAUGAUGCCGCAGCUGGGCUUGUGAUGGUGGCUGCUGACAUUCAACAAUUGGGCUGUGGUGAUAUCGACUACUCCAACAGCAGUUUGCCCAUGGCAUCAUUGACCGGAUCAUUGGAUGGAGUAUUGAACAUGACACGUUGGGAACAAAACACGAUCUAUCUAUCUCCAGAAACAGAAUUUAUGGAUAUCUAUGGUGCCAGCCAUGCUUCAUUUGGAGCAUAUGAUGCUUCAGAACGCUUUGAGUUGCUUGGUCAGACUGAUGGAGAGCCACUGGUCCCUUCCAGCAUUGUUUGGGAUCUUACUGCUGCUGCCUUUGCUCAUGUGGCAUCCCGUACUGGUGUUGAGCUGCCCACACGAGUGGACCCACCAGAGCCAACAUUCCACGAGAAUUCACAAGAUGAAAAGGUGGAAAAGAAUGAUCCCGAGGAGACGGAGGCCAAGGAAGCCGAACAAGCUGCAUCUGCGGGAAUCGUUUCUGUCCGCAAAGCACCUUGGUCUUGGAUGGCUGCGGCAGCUACCUUAGCUUGGAUUGUUGCCUGAGUGAGUUGAUGUUUGUGCUUCGUUUUGAAGUCGUCCGAACCCCUUCCAGUAGAACAAUCUGCAAACCAUUCGCGCGGUCCUAUGGUGUCAAAUACGUGAAUCCUUUAAAAUUACACCUGCAUCGAUUAGCUUCGCCAGUCCACGGGGACAAGCUUAGCUACCCCGAACUGCGCUAGCCUAUAACCUAGUAGCAACCGUAUUGUCUGUG